UCCGUCCCAUCCCAUUCCAUAAAGCCAAAGCUGCGAAGAGUCUUGCCCUGGAAGCUUCCACGCCUAGCACCAAAUCAACUAGUGAAUCGCUUCUAGGGUUUACUAGGGUUUACUCAGGGCGAGGUUGCGCCGCCGCAUUGUCCUAGUUGGCGGGGGCGGCGGCCGUCACCGUACGGACGGGUUAGUUCCGCGAAGCAUGGAGCAGCUUGGGAUGUCCCGUAUGAGUGUGGGGAAGACGGAAGCACUGAAGCGGUCAAUGGAGUUGUCCACCUUCAUGGACACCAACCGGCCCAUACAGAUAAUGGAUGGCUUAACGGAGUAUAGCGAUUCAACGGGCUCUGUGAAGAUGGAUGGCUUUGGACCAUUUCUAGAGGCAGCAAUCAGGGAGAAGGCAGAUAUAUCAAAUUGCUUCAUGGAGCAGAUCAUGUCUGGCAUGUCACCUUUAACAGUGGCUGUGAAUUAUUUGCUUAACAAAGGCACCAAUCCGAAUAAUGAAGACAAUAUCGGGUUUACUCCUAUCCAUUAUGCUGUGAAGGAAGAGAAUGAUGGAUUGGUGCGAUUGUUACUAUCCAAAGGAGCUAGUGCUGAUAUAUCUUCUCGUGAAGGGACGCCGCUACACAUGGCUGUGUCCCUUGGGAAUCUGGACAUUCUUAAGACUUUAUUGCAGCACAAUGCUGAUCCGAACAGGGUUUGUUCAGAUUUAGGAACACCGAUGACUGCCGCGGCUCUCUUUGCUGAUACUAAAUGUGCAGCUCCUGGAAAAAUUUCUGAGUCCGUUGCUUUAGAGUGCAUGAAGCUACUUUUCAAGGCUGGUGCUGAUCUCAACUUUUCAACUCCUGAUACUCCAUUAGUUAUAGCAGCCAGCAAAGGCUUGUCUAAAUGUGUCAAGUACUUGUUGGAGGUCGGUGCAGAUGCCAAUAUUUCAAUAAACAUUGGAACUAUGACACCGAUAGAGAUAGCUGCAGAUUCUGGAAGAAGAGAUCUGAUGGAGAUUCUAUUUCCAUACACUUCACCUAUUCCAUCUGUGUCAAACUGGAGCGUUGAUGGAAUCAUUAUAAACGCACAAUUAAGACACUUGAAGGGGAAGCAUAAGCAAAUUGAUAAAGAUAGCAAGGUUAAGGGGAAAGAGGGUGCUGGCGCAUUAAAAAAGUCCCGUUUCAAGGAAAUCACACUGGAUCCUGCAGAUGCAAUGAUGUAUUCACAAAGGAGCCUUCGCACUGUAAUGAGUAGUGAAGCACAGGCUUCUACUGAUUGUGUAAGGCUGCGACCUAAUUGGCGAAAUGAUGAUCAAUCGAUCAAUCUGAGCAAUUCACAAGCUGCAGGCCAAGAGUCUGUGAGCGGCUGUCGGAUUUCUGAUGAAAAAAUUGACGGUAGUUCAACCCUUGGUUGCAGUGAGCAGGCUAUUGUAGCCCAACAAUUAGUGGACCAAAUUGUUCAGAUCUUUAUCAAAGUUCUGGAUUAUCCAUCAGUAUCAGUUCAAAUGGAGUGCAAUACCUCAAUUCGAGAAAUGGUUUACAUUGAACUGGCGAAGCGUCAGAUUUGUCUUUCUGAUCUCUAUGUAAAAUGUGAUGGGCGGAUCAUCAGCCCAGAAAGCACACUUAUCUUAAGUGUUACUGAUUCUACUUAUACCAUCCUUCCAAGGUUAAGGGGUGGUGCUCCAAGUGACAUAAGCUUUAGGAAUCUAUCAGUAGAGAAUAGGCCACUCUAUAAACUUAUAAUAUCAACUGGUGACAAUUUAUUUGAGGUUGUUAAAUUCAGAGGUAAUUGGCCAAUUUGGCUUAAUGCAGAGUACUGUGUAUUGCUGAGUGAAUUUGGCCGGAGGAUUUACAGGAUGCUGUUUGAAUUGCUUGAGCACUACCACAGCAUGAACCGCUGCCUUGAAGCAUUUACAGUUCAUGAUAUUCUGUAUCUACCCCGGUUCAAGUGUUUAGAAUUUCUCAAUGUUGCUCAUCAUCAGUCAACUAGAGAAUUGUAUUUCCAGAAUCUUAGGGAUGUUAGAACUAUUCUGGUGAAUAUGUUACGGUAUAAUCCAUCAAAGUUGUCUCCAAAAAGGGUAGCUGGUUUUCAUGAACUCAAUCCAACUAUCAGCAUACUCCCGCAUCUGCUUGCGGUUGCAACUAAUGAACUGCAAAACACCAUAAAUAAGAAGGAGGGUGACGCUGGAGUAACAGAGCAGUGGAGGAGACGAUUUCUUGUAGAUCCAGCAGGCAAGAGCUCUUCUGCGAGAUAUUGUUUGAUAUCGGCAGUCGAUUUGCACUGUGAUUACUUGAGUAACAACAACAGAGGUCCGUUCAAUAAUUGCUUUGAAGUCCUACAGCAUGAUUGGACGGCCAGUGUGCAGAAAAUCCCACCAAUGAAGAAAGUCCUAACUCAUAAGAUCUGGGACAUUGCAAAUCAGAACUAUGUUAUCUUCGCCUUCCAUCCUCGUCUUACUCGACAUGCAUGGAAGUUUGGAAGGAACUGGGUAACACACUCUCACGCUGGGCUAACCUCCAAGGAAGCAGAGGUUAUACUCACCUUCCUAUAUCAGGAGCUCUUGUCGAAAUGCACCAAAACUUUGCUCUGCGACUACACCGACCCAGCCCCGCCUGAAGGUCUGGAUGACAACCAAACAAAGAUGAAGGAAAUACUGUAUAUGCAGUGAUUGUCAGGGGGCUCAGGCGUCUCAGGCGAACAGAAUGUCUGAAGAGCGUUGCUACACGACAGUCUGUACGUGCCAUUUUUGCAGGGCAGUCUGUACGCGCCAUUGAUAAAUGCUGGUGCAUGGUGGAUUGCUUGGUUGUUCUCGCGUCGGCUGGGAAUGUGCCGUGUGUAAAGUGAUUUUGAUGUCUGAAAUAUGUAGAGACUAGGGAGAGUGUCUGUAAUGCUAUCAAUUCUGCAGAGUACUGGGCAGAGUUUGCCACGACUUUAAAACCAUUUAGUUCUAGUCCAUCGACAGUACAGUUAAGACUUCAGUCAAUGGCCAAUGGUCUGUAAUGCUAUCAAUUCUGGUGCUCAUUUUGGGCACGUUUGAUAUCCAUUCAUUUUAACAAACACUUGCUUUUAGUCUC